UCCCGGGACUAGGAAGAAACGGCGGCCGGGAGGGGGCUACAGGGACCAUGGGGCUUCUGACCAUUCUGAAGAAGAUGAAGCAGAAAGAGCGGGAGCUGCGACUGCUCAUGCUCGGCCUGGACAACGCUGGGAAAACCACCAUUCUCAAGAAGUUCAAUGGGGAAGACAUUGACACCAUCUCCCCGACGCUGGGCUUCAACAUCAAGACCCUGGAGCACCGAGGAUUCAAGCUGAACAUCUGGGAUGUGGGCGGCCAGAAGUCCCUGAGGUCCUACUGGCGGAACUACUUCGAGAGCACGGACGGCCUCAUCUGGGUGGUGGACAGCGCUGACCGCCAGCGCAUGCAGGACUGCCAGCGGGAACUACAGAGCCUGUUGGUGGAGGAGCGCCUGGCUGGAGCCACCCUCCUCAUCUUUGCCAACAAGCAAGACCUGCCCGGAGCGCUGUCCUCUAACGCCAUCCAGGAGGCCCUGGAGCUGGACUCCAUCCAUAGCCACCACUGGUGCAUCCAGGGCUGUAGCGCUGUCACCGGGGAGAACCUCCUACUCGGCAUUGACUGGCUCCUGGAUGACAUUUCCAGCCGCAUCUUCACGGCCGACUGAAGCGCUCCGGAUGCCCCCCACCUCACAGUCCAGCCCCGCCCCCGCCCCCAGCCCUCAUCAGGCACCAUCCCUGGGGGAAUGGGAGUCAGCCAGCCUGGCGAACACCCCCAACCCCGCGCCAAAAGCUGCCGCUCUGUGGCCCGCCAGCUCCCGUGGCUGGAGGGCUGCCGCCCUGGCUCCCGAUGCAGCCCGCCCGCAGCCUCCGUCCGGAGAGGAGGGAGAGGAGAGGGCCGGGCCCGGGAGGCGGCCGCCUCUGCUGCUACCAAGGCUGUGGGCCUCAUCCUUUGCUCAGCCAUGAGAAUAAACCGUUCCUU